UAAACAAAAGCGAUUCGAACCGAGGGUCUCUACGUGCUAGAGACAGAAACACAUCACAUCCAGUCGUUUGUGAUAUCGUUAAGUGUUACUACUGCUAUUACUACAAAAUACACAUUAAGCCAUUUAAUUAUGGAGACUGCCAACCAGAUUGUGUCUGGGGGAACAUUCCAAGUGCUCAAACUGCCCCUUGGAUUUAUCCGCGUCUUGGAGUGGAUUUUUGCCAUCUUCGCAUUCGCAACAUGUGGAGGCUACUCUGGGCAGCUGCGGGUUAGUGUCGCCUGCAACGAUAAGAUGGACAGCAACCUCAGCAUCGGUAUCAACUUUGCUUACCCUUUCAGGUUGCACCAGGUGUCUGUUGAGGUCCCUGUCUGCGAGGGGAGGAGGCAGGAGCGGCUGUACCUCGUGGGAGACUUCUCUUCCUCUGCCCAGUUCUUUGUCACCAUUGCAGUUUUUUCCUUCCUCUACUCUCUGAUGGCCACUGUCGUUUACAUCUUCUAUCAAAACAAGUACCGAGAGAACAACAGGGGACCUCUCGUUGACUUCAUUGUGACCGUGGUCUUCUCCUUCUUGUGGCUGGUCAGCUCAUCAGCCUGGGCUAAGGGUCUCGCCGAUGUCAAAGUGGCCACAGACCCAGACGAGGUGGUGCUGCUCAUGUCCGCCUGCAAGACCCAGGGCAACAAAUGUGGCUCUAUUUACGGUCCCAUCUGGUCUGGUCUCAACACAUCUGUGGUCUUUGGCUACUUGAACUUUGUGCUGUGGGCAGGCAACAUCUGGUUCGUCUUCAAAGAGACUGGCUGGCACAAGGGCGGCACUCAGCAAUACCCAGACCGCAUCUCGGAAAAACAGUCAGCCGGUUUUAACCAGCCGCCCUACAACCAGCCUCCCUACAACCAGCCUCCCUACAACCAGGCACCCUACAACCAGGGCAGCAGCUUCAACCAAUCAGGCGGCUACAUCACCCAAGGUGACUUUGGCCAACAGUCAGACUACAGCCAGGUUGGAGGGCCCACCUCAUUCUCAAACCAGAUGUGAUCGCAGCCCCGAGGCCUGUGUCAUCUCCAAGGGCAUGUCUGAAUUUUGCUUUUUGUCUCUAAUGAUUGAGCACAUGGCAGUGGAGCUCCAAUAAUCUGAAAUCUGAGGCCCAUGCUAUGUGAAUGCUAUAAUAAUAGAAGGUUGAUUUCUAUUGAUACUAACAGGUAUUGGGUUUUGUUGUUUUAUGUGAUUUAUCACUUACAGGUGAAUUGAAAACAGGAAUAGUGUCUUUUUCAAACAAGAGAGGGUUGGAAAAUACCCUUUAUCGCAUCCUUCUUAGAUAUUGCAAGAGGCAUCUUGAAACACUCAUGAAGAUGCCAGGAUGUAGUUUAAAUAAAGAUAAACAUCACAUUGUUUUCUCAAGUGGUGUAACCAUUGACCCCAUGCUACGUAAGGAAAAAGGUGACAGCUAUUUAAGUUAAUACAGGUAUAUAAAAUGUAAGUAUAUCGGAGUUUGUAAAUGAAAAUAGACUAUAGAUGACUGCUCUUUUCUUUUUCUUAAUGAUAUAUUGCCUGUGUUUUGGUCACUGAUCUAUUAAAAAAGGAUAGAUGGGUUUGCACUGUUAAACUGUGGUCCACAUUUGUAUACAUUUUUAAUCUUACUUGUUCUGACAAAGUGCAUGAUGUCGUGCUGUUCAAGUUACUAAUAUGCCUGUUUUUGCAGAUGAUAUAAAAUAAAUUCAAUACAGUGAUCUCUAUUUGAAUAUGGUGUACUUAUAAAUAUAGAUAGAAACUAAAUAUUUUCUAUAUUUUCCUAUGACAGUGAAAUUCAUGUUACUUUUUAUCAGGAGGAAUAUGCCUCUAUGCCUCGCUGUCGUCCAGCAUAAUUAGAUAGAGCCUUUGUUGUUCUUUCAUUCUCUAAAGACUUUAAUGUCCCAGUUUGAGUUUUAUCACUAGGUUGAGAUGUCAAUCUGGCACUGUUUACUUGAAGUCUUUUGUUUACAGUGUUUUAGUCUGCUUCAGGCUUUAUGAACAUGUUUUUCCUGAAGCAUUUGCUCCGCACAAUAAAUGCUCACACUUUGCAGUCAGAGGGGACUGGUGAGACAUUUCAAUUAGUAAGUCAGGAAGACAUCAAAAUUAAGUCCUCAUGUCACCUUGGUUUCUGUCCCACACAGGAGUUCACAUCUGGAAAUCCUUAUUAUAGGAGAAUAGAUAAAUGCAAAACAAGAAAUGCAUGUCUCAGACUUGUCAUGAUAUAUAAACAUGAUAAAUAUAUUUAAACAUAUGCCAUUGGUGUUCCUCUUCUACUGUCUCUGUGUUAAUAUAAAUGUGAACAAGUCAGAGUCCAUGUUUGUAUUUUGGUGCCCAUGGCUAUUCAGUGUGAAUGACAUUGUAUUUGCAUUUCAAGUGAUGACAAUAAAGGUAUUGUACAAAACCCUGAA